UGUGCUCCACAACGGGAGAGGCCACAACAGUGAGAGGCUCGUAUACUGGAAAAAAAAAAAAAUGAACCAACAAAUACCAUAAGUUUUAUAAUAGCAAUAUGGAAGUGUCCAUGAGAUAGUGUUUAGGCAUAAAAGGCUCUAUUCUUCCUGGUGCAAUAACAAUUUAUGUAUAUGUCAUCGGUAUAUGUUUGAGGGCAAGUACCACGCAUCAUUCACCUUUAUGUAUUGCAAAGACCACGUUUCUCUUACAAUAGUGUUAAAUGUUUACUGAAUCAAUGAAUGAGUGAGUGAGGAAAUGAGUGAAUGAGUAAUACGUUGGUGAUUAGGAGUCAUUGGGAAAUAGUGUCAGCUUCAAGGGAGUAGUGCCAUAGUUCAGUGCCUGCCCAGGGUGGAGGGUGUCCCACUGGAGUUACAUCAUCAUUUUCAGUCCUAAGCUAUGUGUGAGUUCUACAAUUUCCGUCAACCAACCAUUCCACAGUUUAUUUUAAAUGGUAAUAAUAAUAUCUUAUUAGAAACUAGGUCCAAUUCUCUCAUGACAAGAAGGUGGUAAUGGUCUGUCCAAAAUAAUACUUAGCACCUUUGCUUUUAAUAAGCAAAUCCUGGAGAUCAAAUGGGAUGGUUUGAUGGCUGAUGGGAAGAACUGGGGGUGGGGGGAUUAGAAGAAACACCUGUCCACCCUACAGAUCCAUGAGACUUCCUCCUUCCCUGUUGAACUUGCCAUGGUCUCCAUGUUGUCUUUGGGCCUCUUAAAGAUAUUGCUGAGAAAGCUGCUAAAAUGGCCACCAAAUAAAUGAAGAUGAAUAGGGCCCUGCAAUAAUUUCCAGGCUGAUUGGGGUGGGGCUAACAAGUGAAGGACAAAUGCACAUGUGAAAGUAAUUGUGCUUCUCCAGUGGAAACCUCUAAUCCUUCAAGCAAUUAAUCAUACCCUAAGAAGUAAACUGUUCUCGGGGAGAAAGCCAUCUCUGAACAUCCAAGUACUUUGAGGACACUAGUGAACCAGAGAAUAAGAGUCAUCAGCUGAGUGAGCUGAAAGGGUUAGCCCAGCUUCCGGGAGCGUCUGAGUCAGGAGAGAUAAAAGGAAGUGUUUCCUAAUCCAGAGGAUUUCAACACUGUGGAAACUCAUUUCCCACAGAGAUACAACAAUGUGCAAAUAUAAAUCAUUUCAAAAAAAGCCGUUUAGAAAACUUCACAUGUCAUGAUAAAGGCGUUGAAACUGCUCACAUGUUUUUGGCCAUGUCUUUGACAUUUAUUCAUUCUUUAAUUUAUGGAUUGAAUAUUAAUCCAUUUAUUCAUUUAUUCGAUGACUCAUUUAUAGAGUCAUGAAUAUGAGUUAUUAUUUUUUUGUUUGAGCAUCUACUCUGUGCCAGGGGCUGUGUUACUGUGGGUACAAAGAUGAACGUGGCCUAAUCCCUGCCCUCAGAGAACUAGCCAUCUAUAAAGGGAAGAAGAAACAUGAAGAGAAAAUCAUACUGUGUUCAGAGGAGGUAAUAUUCAACCUGCCCUUUGAAGAACAGGUGGAAUUUGACGGAGAAGGAAACAGCAGGACGAGCACCCUCAGGAAGGAGCAGCUGCUGGUCAUGGAGCCAUGAACACAUUGAGCAGUCUGGAAAAGGAAGUAGAAGAAUCCUAUGGUAGCCAGGUGGGCGAAGGGGAGCAAGGACGAUACACCUGCUUUGAAGAAGUCGCCAUUUGACCUGCCGAGUGAGUGACCAGGUGGUCCCAAGGCCUGACCAUGGAACGGAUUAACAUCAGUAUGGCCAGGGCUACCCUGGUGAAGCACACGGCUGGAGCUGGCCUCAAGGCCAGCAGACCCCGAGUCAUGUCCAAGAGUGGGCACAGCAACGUGAGAAUCGACAAAGUGGAUGGCAUAUACUUGCUCUACCUGCAAGACUUGUGGACCACCGUCAUCGACAUGAAGUGGAGAUACAAGCUCACCCUGUUUGCUGCCACGUUCGUGAUGACCUGGUUCCUUUUUGGUGUGAUCUACUAUGCCAUUGCCUUCAUUCAUGGGGACUUAGAACCCAGGGAGCACACUUCAAAUCACACCCCCUGCAUCAUGAAGGUGGACUCCCUCACGGGGGCAUUUCUCUUUUCCCUGGAAUCCCAGACAACCAUCGGCUAUGGAGUCCGUUCCAUCACGGAGGAAUGCCCUCAUGCCAUCUUCCUCUUGGUGGCACAGCUGGUCAUCACCACCUUGAUUGAGAUCUUCAUCACGGGCACCUUCCUGGCCAAAAUUGCGAGACCCAAAAAGCGGGCAGAGACCAUCAAGUUCAGCCACUGUGCCGUCAUCACCAAGCAGAAUGGGAAGCUGUGCUUGGUGAUCCAGGUGGCCAACAUGAGGAAGAGUCUCCUGAUUCAGUGCCAGCUCUCGGGAAAGCUCCUCCAGACCCAUGUCACCAAGGAGGGGGAGCGAAUCCUCCUCAACCAGGCCACCGUCAAAUUCCACGUGGACUCCUCUUCCGAGAGCCCCUUCCUCAUCUUGCCCAUGACGUUCUACCACGUGCUGGAUGAGACGAGCCCCCUGAGAGAUCUCACCCCCCAAAACCUUAAGCAGAAGGAGUUUGAGCUGGUGGUUCUCCUGAACGCCACGGUGGAGUCCACCAGCGCUGUCUGCCAGAGCCGCACCUCUUACAUCCCAGAGGAGAUCUACUGGGGUUUUGAGUUUGUGCCUGUGGUUUCUCUCUCAAAAACCGGCAAGUACGUGGCUGAUUUCAGUCAGUUCGAACAGAUCCGGAAGAGCCCAGAUUGCACCUUUUACUGCACGGAUUCUGAGAAGCAGAAACUUGAGGAGAAGUACAGGCAGGAAGAUCAGAGGGAAAGAGAGCUGAGAACGCUUUUGUUGCAACAGAGCAACGUCUGACGGCAGUGGUGUCGCCUCGACUUAACUCUGAGCUGCUUCCACAUCUGAGCUCCCUUCAAACCCAGAGGUCACCGGGAAAACAAAAAUGUGUGGACGCACUCUGAAAAACUGCACAGAUGUACAGACCUGUUCCUUUGAUCUGGUGUCUAAACAAGCAUUCCACAUCUGGGAGGGUUCCCUUUUUAAAUGCUUUGUGUGAAGCAAACUCCCCAAAUUCAAAUUUUCUAAAAGCGGGCUGCAUUUCAAAGAACUUGGUGGAGGCUACUUGAAACAAUCUGGAUGGACAGAUAUUUCACAAUGCUGGUAGUGAAAGGAAAUGCAUUUCCAUACAAGGAUGUCAGCUAUAAUAAAAUGUAUUUAUUCAAUCCAAGUAUCAGAGAGGAGAUGGCCGAGAGCUGAAACGUGGCUCAGUACCCACUUAUAUCAUUGCUCUAAAGCACACUCAUUUUUUCAAGCAGAGAAAAAGGUAUUUAUAAUGAAGGCUAUCUGGUAAUACAUAAAAAGGGGCAAAGGGACUCUGUACUCACAAAAUAUGAUAAUUCUGUUUUUACCUUUUUCGGUGAAUGUAAUUGUACAGAGUGAAAUUGAUCAAAUCAGGAAUGCAUCGUUGUGAAUACAUGUACAGAUGGAGCUGAUGUGAUUGUUCACACUAAUUUGUUUUGGUUGGAAUGUACUAGCCCCUUUCUAUUCAAAAUGGGUUCACAGACCAGCAGUAUCAACAGCAUCCAGGAGCUUAUUAGUAAUUUCGCUCCAGCUGGACUUAGAGUAUCUGAGGCUGUAUCUUAACAGGACCCACGAGUCAUUCACGUAAAAAUGAAAGUUUUAAAACUUCACUCUGGACAAUGUUUUCGAAGUAACUUUCUGAAGCCAGGGGACUCUGUGGGUCCCACAUCCUCCGUUCUUUAUUAUGGACACAUAUUCCUUUCAGUGAUUUCAUUCCUUAUUAAAAUACCUUGUCCGCAAAGGAACUGCCACAGGUAUUUCAAGAACAGAAUAAGACUGUUGAGAAUAAUGGCUGUCUCUCUCAAGCUAAGUACAUGCUUGUCGAUUACAGUGAACACAAAAGAAACAUUCAGCUCCAUAACAAUCGGAAAUGUGCUCCUAUAUUGAAGUCCAGUCCGUGAGGUUGGAUGGGACUCCGAAGAACAGGUGGAGCUGAGGAUAAGGAAUUCAAACACAGACGAUUCCUUGAAGCAGGAACAAAAUUUGAUACUCUGAUAACAUGUAAAGGAUGCCCUCAGUAUUGAAACAAAUCUCAUACAACUCAGUGUUACACAGGUAACGUCUGGAUUUUGGCAGAAUUUAGAGCGUUUAUUUGGGGCAGAGAAUAAAUGGGCUAGGAUUGGCUAAAUGUGCAAAAGGUGAAUUCUCAUUUCAUUCAAGCCAGGACAGAUUUGUACAUUCACUCAAGAAGAAUGUGACUUUGAGUGUGUAGACACGGCAUGGAUGUACACACGAGCCCACAUAUAUGGAUACACUGACCUGACCUGUGAGCGCGCACACCGCAUGCACGCACACACACAGAGGCGUGCUCGUCCUGUCUCUUCCAUCACAACUGUGGAAAUUAUCCACGAAGACAUCUGUGAUUAAGAGAGCAAGUCCUGGGCAAGUGUGCUCAUGUAUAUUUUGUUCUAUAAGAAUGGGAACACUGGGGCAAGUAAUCUGGAUUCAGAUUAUCUGUGAAAUGGUGUCAUAUCAUGAUGUUCCCACAUUUCAAGUCUUCUUCCAUUAAACAGAAAAUGUGGCUAAAACCUCUGACCCAGAAC